AUGAAAGUCGAGUGCGGGGAAUCGGACUCUCGGACAAUGAAUGCCUACUAUGGAAACAUUAUGCCUGUGAGUACCCCCGACAUGUAUUAUAAUGGGGAUAUCAAUGUUAAAAACGAGGGAAGUUACUUAACAGGCAACGCCGGUUCUCCACCGAUGCCGCAUCAUCCAAACCAGCAUCUGUCUGCACAGUCGCUGUACGAGCACAGCGAACAGGCUUACGGAGGAUAUGGUCGAUACCCUCACUUUGACAGACUUGAUCUACUGCCUCUAACGGCAACGACGGCCUCAUCAGCAGCUAAACAGACAACGUGUGGGGGUACAGGACUGCCAAACGCACCAAACACUGUCCACUGUACAUCAUAUCCUACCCACUCAGGCUCCCCUACCAUAUCAACAUGUGCAAGUUUCACGAACUUAAAUGCACAUUGUAACGGUGUAAAUACAGGUAAUGUUAAUCCGUCGUGUAUUCCGUACGACGAUAUCCCGGGAGGUGGUGGCAACCCUUCCUGUGCAGGACUCACCCCACGAGAUGUCAGUGGAGGCAGAGACUUAAGCAGCCACCAUGCGGCUCAUCAGGGUAUUUUGCAGCAUUCCAGUCAAAUGAAUAAUUCUCUGGGUUACACAAACUCUGGGAUGGGUGGCAUGCCCCCUACUGGCGCCCACGUGAACAUGUACCAUUGGAUGAGUUUGCCCAGGUCCAUCAAUGGAGAUGUACACUUCGAGACGAAGCGAACACGUCAGACGUACACGCGGCACCAGACCUUAGAACUUGAGAAAGAGUUCCACUACAACCGUUACUUGACCAGGAGACGAAGAAUAGAGAUAGCCCAUAUGCUAGGCCUUACAGAACGCCAAAUAAAAAUAUGGUUUCAAAAUCGUCGCAUGAAAUGGAAGAAAGAAAACAAUAUUUCCAAACUGACUGGCCCAGACCGAUCAAAAGGGGAACCCCACAUAACGGAUUCCAGGAGUGUCCAACACGGUUCCAUUAACUCCACGCAACAGCAGGCUUGA